AUGAAAGCCAUUCUGGAAGAAUACAACAAGUGGGACGUCUUCGCAUGGAAGGGACAGUGUUCCCCUUUCACAGUGACUAGGUGCUUCCCCCUGUCGCCGGCGUGCUAUCCUACAUUCACAGAGCCGCACCAGCGCAGGAUCAUACCGGGUGACCCUGCCACGGCUACGAGCUUGCUAGAUAAGUACGACAACGAAAAUGAGGUUGGAUUCUCCUCGUUCGCGCUGACGAACAAGGGUCUGUACACCAAGCUACUCGUCAUUCGCGUGUCCCUGAUAUCGAUCAAGUCGCACGGUGAGGCAAACGACCUGCCCCUGUUGACCUUCCAGCAAGCGAACGGAACUUUAGAGAGUGUAUCCGUCAGAGUCAGGAGGAUCCCAGAUAGGGCAAGCAUUCCCGGCGCGGAGUGGGCGCUGGGAGUCUUAGAUUGUUGGAUCACUUCAUCGGGAGAAGGUCUCAUCGACAAGUGCAGAGACAGGACUGGCAGUGCGAUGAAGACCACAACGCCGAGCUCGCCGCCUGUGAACAUGCACUUGACCACGGCCAGCUGGGGCUCCCGACACAUGCAACACCCUCUUUCUACCGGUCUCCUCGCACUGCCUACGAUGAUUGGGCUUGGACACAGCCCUCGCCCUCCUUUCCCCCAUCCGGACGCGCGAAUCAUUGAACGUGCUGCACGCUCGGGUAUACAGGCUCGUCACAACGUGCUGACUCCGUUCGUCCGCGCGCCGCGCGUGUAUAGGUUCCACAGCUCGCUUUCGGCACCCCAAGAGGGUAUUCCCGCCUGCGAGGUGCAAACGCGUACACUCAAUGCACCCCCACACGGAACGCUCUCUGGGGCGCAUCGUCGGUGACCAGCAUGGUCGCAGGCCUUUUACGAUGGUAAUAGAAGGCUGACGCGAGACUUAAGACUUCCGCUGGCGGGAUGCUGGAUUCAUCGCUCACACCCGCGUCUCGCCAGAGUUUCCCUGGCUUCAAGUCACGUCUCUAUAACCACGGCUAUGCUCUUUCUGUUACACUAUGAUUUAUCUACUAUUUUCUUUGACACACCGGCAUGUAAUGCUAUGAACUAUUGUAUACUCAUAUCACUCAAGUUUCCGAUCGAGCUGGUAGCCACGGCAUGGUCCACUUCAAACUUCAGGCACUAUCUUUGGCGGUGCAUGUUGGAAAUACGUAGCCAUACGAGCGUCAGCUCAUACGACUCGUCGUACCUAGCCGCGCGCUUCGGCGCUUAUCUUAUCAUUUGUUUUGACAUCGCAUCACUAUCGCAUCAUUUAUUUAUGAUUUUCAGUAGCCAAUUACAUGUACUUAU